CAGCGAUAAGUAGCGAAUCGCUCGCCACAGAAAAUGCAUAUACUUCGACUUCUUCACCGCUCACCCUCUUCCUCCGCCGCCACCGGAGCCUUCGCCUUCGCCUUCCUCCGCCGCACAAUGGACUCUGUCUCCACCGCAGGAGAUCCGAUCAGUCCGGCGAACACGCGGGUGGGUUGGAUCGGGACCGGCGUCAUGGGUCGCUCAAUGUGCGGGCACCUGAUCAGAGCCGGCUUCACUGUCACCGUCUUCAACCGCACCAUCGCCAAGGCUCAAACUCUCAUCGACAUGGGCGCGAAGCUCGCCGACUCGCCUCGCUCCGUGGCGACUCAGUCGGACGUCGUCUUCUCCAUCGUCGGAUAUCCCUCCGACGUCCGCCACGUCCUCCUCGACCCAACCUCCGGCGCUCUUCCCGGUCUUCGACCCGGCGGAGUCCUCGUUGACAUGACAACCUCCGAGCCAUCCCUCGCUGAGGAGAUCGCCUCCGCCGCGGCGGUAGCGAACUGCUUCUCGAUCGACGCGCCUGUCUCCGGCGGAGAUCUCGGCGCGAAGAACGGGAAGCUGGCGAUUUUCGCCGGAGGAGAUGAGAUCGUCGUGAAGCGGCUGGAUCCGGUAUUUGCGCUGAUGGGCAAGGUUAAUUACAUGGGAACAAGCGGGAAAGGGCAAUUCGCGAAGUUGGCGAACCAGAUCACGAUCGCGUCGACGAUGCUAGGGCUCGUCGAGGGCAUAAUCUACGCUCACAAAGCAGGGCUCGACGCCGGAAAGUUUCUGGAAGCGAUCUCGGCAGGAGCAGCUGGAUCGAGAUCGCUUGAUCUGUACGGAGGCCGGAUUCUGAAGAGGGAUUUGGAGCCAGGGUUCUACGUGAAUCAUUUCGUGAAGGAUUUGGGGAUUUGUCUGAACGAAUGCCAGAGAAUGGGAUUGGCUCUGCCGGGAUUGGCACUUGCCCAACAGCUUUACUUGUCGCUCAAGUCACAUGGAGAAGGCAACCUGGGAACUCAAGCUUUGAUCUUGACUCUCGAGCGGCUCAACAAUGUCUCUGUUCAACCCACUGUCUCUUCUUCUGAGUCGGCUUGAUUUGGGCGAUGCUCUUCUCUUGUUGCUGCUGCUCUUUGUAUAAAUGCUUCUGAGAGAUGGAGAGAGGAUUCGAGUUUCUUUGGUCAAUGCUUAAUAUGUCCUUUGAUCUUGAAAAAGAAAAACAUAAUCUUUUUGUGUCAGGAGUCCAACGAACUCUGUUCUGUCUGUUUAGAAAGUUUGGCCGGAUUCUGAAAAUCCUGC